GCAGUCGUUGGCAGCUCUGCUGAGAGGCGCUGUCGGACAGCGGACGCGCGCGCGGAAGGAGCGGCCGCCGUCAGUCGGAGCGCGUGGAACUGUCCAGUGCUGACGCUCAUCAAACGAUCAAGGUGCUCUCGGCUUUAGCUCCUGACCGCGAGCGACCACGACAAACAAAUUACUCUCGUUUCUGACGAUUGUGUGACAUGUUACGAGCUGUCUGAAGCGCCGUCCGCGAGUUUGUUGUAUCCGAGGUUGUUUUCGGUUCAAAAGCUUCUUUUCCUGGGCAUGGACGGUACGGGCUGAACGGCUGGCAAGCGUCGAGACGUUUUGAUUGUUUUGAUUGAUGCAUUCCUCUGCAGACCGCGGAGUGGACGACCAGAUCUGCUGACCGGAGAGAAAGUUUCCUCGGAUAAAAUCGUACACGAUGGCGGAUGCGGCUGAAUGUUGCGUGAAGGUGAUGUGCCGAUUCAGGCCACUUAACGAAUCGGAAAUCACCAGAGGUGAUAAAUACAUACCGAAAUUCAAAGGAGAAGACACCGUGGUGAUAUCGGGCAAGCCGUAUAUCUUUGACCGAGUCUUUCCUCCAAACACAACACAAGAACAAGUAUACGAUACCUGUGCCAAACAGAUUGUUAAAGAUGUGCUGGAUGGCUAUAAUGGGACAAUCUUUGCCUAUGGCCAGACUUCAUCAGGGAAGACGCACACUAUGGAGGGGCAGCUCCACAACUCACAGCUGAAGGGCAUCAUCCCUCGCAUCGCCCAGGACAUCUUUGACCACAUCUACUCAAUGGACGAGAACCUGGAGUUCCAUAUCAAGGUCUCUUAUUUUGAAAUCUACCUGGACAAAAUUCGAGAUUUGCUUGAUGUUUCCAAAACCAACUUGGCUGUCCAUGAAGACAAGAACAGGGUGCCAUUUGUCAAGGGUUGUACGGAGCGUUUUGUGUCCAGUCCGGAGGAUGUCAUGGACGUGAUCGAUGAGGGUAAAUCCAAUCGCCACGUGGCUGUCACAAACAUGAAUGAGCACAGCUCCCGCAGUCAUAGCAUUUUCCUCAUUAAUAUUAAGCAGGAGAACGUGGAGACAGAGAAGAAAUUGAGCGGAAAACUCUACCUGGUGGAUCUGGCAGGAAGUGAAAAGGUCAGUAAAACUGGAGCAGAAGGAUCUGUGUUGGACGAGGCUAAAAAUAUCAAUAAGUCUCUCUCUGCUCUGGGGAACGUCAUCUCAGCCCUGGCUGAAGGAACUAAAACCCACGUGCCAUACAGAGACAGUAAAAUGACCAGGAUCCUACAAGACUCUCUGGGUGGGAACUGCAGAACAACCAUCGUCAUCUGCUGCUCUCCAUCUGUGUAUAAUGAGGCAGAGUCCAAAUCCACGCUCAUGUUCGGCCAGAGGGCCAAAACCAUCAAAAACACAGUUUCUGUUAACAUGGAGCUUACAGCCGAAGAAUGGAAGAAGAAAUACGAGAAAGAGAAAGAGAAGACCAGAAAUCUGAAAAUCAUUAUCCAGCGGUUAGAAAACGAGCUCAAGCGAUGGCGGAAAGGUGAGAAUGUACCUGUUGAUGAGCAGCACAGCAGUAAAGAAAUAAAGAAUUCUGAAGCGGCUCCCGUUAUUGACACUUCGGCUCCGCCCCCUGAGCCUCUUUCUGAUUCCGAGAAAAGCCAGUAUGAGGAUCUGAUCAAUGACCUGUAUCAGCAGCUAGACGACAAGGACGAUGAGAUCAACCAGCACAGUCAGCUGGCAGAGGACCUGAAGCAGCAGAUGGUGGAUCAGGAUGAGUUACUGGCAUCCACCCGGCGGGACUAUGGGAAGAUUCAGGAAGACCUGAGCCGUUUGCAGCAUGAGAAUGAGGCAGCUAAAGAGGAGGUGAAGGAGGUGCUCCAGGCCUUAGAGGAGCUGGCUGUGAACUACGACCAGAAAAGCCACGAGGUGGAGGAAAGAAGCAAGACAAACCAACAGCUCACAGAGGAGCUCAUGCAGAAGAGUGCAGCUCUGGCUGGUGUGGAGAGAGAUCUGUCUGCCCUGCAGGAGCUCAGUGGACAUCACAAGAAGAGAUCAGCAGAGAUCCUCAGUCUCUUGCUCCGGGACCUCAAUGAGAUUGGCAGUGUUAUUGCCUUGAAUGACCAAAAGAUGACAGAGAUGAACGGAGGCAUGGAGGAGGAAUUCACCAUGGCACGGCUCUUCAUAAGUAAGAUGAAGUCAGAAGUGAAGUCCCUGGUCAACCGCAGUAAACAGCUUGAGAGCACACAGGCCGACACAAUGCAAAAAAUGCAGGCCAAUGAGAAAGAGCUUGCUUCCUGUCAGCUCCUGAUCUCUCAGCACCAAGCAAAGAUAAAGUCCCUCACCGACUACAUGCAAAACAUGGAACAGAAGAAGAGACAGCUUGAAGAAAGCCAUGACUCACUGAUGGAGGAGCUCGCUAAACUCAACGCGCAAGAGAAGAUGCACGAGGUGUCAGUCAUGGACAAGGAAAAGGAACACAUGAGCAGGAUGCAGGAUGCUGAGGAGAUGAAGAAAGCCCUGGAACAACAGAUGGAAAGCCACAGAGAGGCUCAUCAGAAGCAGCUUUCACGUUUACGAGAUGAGAUCGAAGAGAAACAGAGGGUCCUGGAUGAGCUGAAGGAUCUGAACCAGGCUCUUCAGCUUGAACAGAAUCAGCUCAAGUCUGACUAUGAAAAGCUGAAACAAGAGGAACAGAAGAAGGAUGGGAGGCUGCAGAAGCUUCUCUUGUUGAAUGAAAAGAGGGAGCAAGCUAAAGAAGAUCUCAAGGGUCUGGAAGAGACUGUGGCCAAAGAGCUCCAGACCCUCCACAACCUGCGUAUACUGUUCAUCGAGGACAUCAACAAUCGCAUUGGACGAAGUGUAGAGUUGGACACUGAUGAAUCAGGUGGAAGUCUGGCACAAAAACAGAAAAUUAUUUUCCUUGAGAACAACCUGGAGCAGCUCACUAAAGUCCACAAGCAGCUGGUGAGUGAUAAUGCAGACUUAAGAUGUGAGCUACCCAAACUGGAGAAGCGUCUGCGUGCAACUGCCGAGCGGGUAAAGAUCCUGGAGUCUGCUCUGAGAGAAGCCAAAGAAAGCGCCAUGAAGGACCGCAAGAAGUACCAGCAGGAGGUGGACCGCAUCAAGGAGGUCAUCCGAGCCAAGAACCAGGCCAGGAUGAAACACACCGCACAGAUCGCUAAGCCUAUUCGUGCUGGACAUCAUCACGCAGCGGCUUCUGCUUCACCGGGCCACAGUAUCAGAGGAGGUGUCCCAAGCCCACGACGACAUCACCAGCACCAACCGCAGCAGCAGUACCAUCACAGGAGCAAGUGAACGGCUCUCCAUGGGACAAAAACCGACCGGGCCGAUACCAAUCUGCACAUUCUUUCCAUUUCAGCUAUGUGUGGCAACAAGACCACGUCUUUUUCCAAUGCAGUCUUUUCUAUUCAGUGAGAGGGGAAAAGGACUACUGUCAUCUUAUACUAAGCCUUUUCAAGUUCAUUUCCUGUCCUUACCAUGACCUCCUUACAUCCAUCCUGUUUAAGUGUAGACUCAACUAUGAAUAAACAAACCCAGACCCACAAACUAAGACAGAGAUAUUGAAUUUUAAAGUGAUAUAAGUGCUAUUUAAUAGUCAUUUUGUAUCUGAAAACAAAAAAAAUCUGAAGUGUUUCUAUCACAUUCUGAUUACAGUAAUUCAGCCCAUCUGUCAUUACACAUGCCAAGUUAGUUUAGGAAGUCUGGAAAGAUGAAAAGCUGUCACUAGAACCUACACUGGAAGUUUGUAUACCCUCAGGACUUACAUUAAGACCUUUCUGUGGUUCUUUUAAUUGGCACUAAUAACUUCAGUCUUAAUGGCCAUUGAAAACAUGCAGUGACAUGACUUGGGAAUGUAGCUUAAGAAUACACAUAUUGCUUCAAGCUUAAUUUGUCAUGAUUAACUAACAGUGCUCUUAAUUUUUAUAUUUAUUUAUUUACUUAUUUAUAUUUGUAUACAUUAAGCAUUGGAAUCGAGUUUAUAUUAUUUAUAUGUUGUCUCAUGUUUAAGUUCCUCUCAUUAGAUCCAGGCCAUCUUGUGUACGUGUUUUUAUACAGAAUAUGGGUGCUUUGAAAAUGCAUUACUUUAUACCGUAAGGUGCUCUGGAGCAAAGAACAACUGUACAAUAUCAGUAUUAAUGCCACAUUAGUGGUAAAAUCAGGAAACAUCACUCUGUCUUAUAUUGGCUGUUACUUUAACCGGUCUGUUUUGAAGGGCAUGUAAGGCGGUCGUUUAGAGAAAGCCAAAGUCAGAAAAAAAUAUGAUAAGCUCAAGAAAGAAAAAGUGGAGACAUUUUACAGCUGACUGUUCAUUUGACCUUUGUGUGCUGAAUUUUACUGCAUAAUUUAAUUUUGCCUAUUUUUGUAUAAUUAUGUCUUAUUCUUGAUAUCAUUGUGAUAUGAAAGACCAGUGUCUCUUUAAAAAAAAUACUGCAGACUGUCAUGAAUCACAUAUUGUUUCAUUGGGUAAACCAUUCUAUCAUGUCAUAGCUAUUUACAAUCUUGUGCUAAUACAAAAAUGUUGCCUACUAACUGGUGUGAGUUGUCUCUGGCACGUCUAUAUGUUCAGCAUUGUCUUAUGAGCUGUAACAACGUGAUUAGUACAUGAAAAUAUGGUGAAACAUUCUUAUUGCUUUACUGUAAAAACCGACCAACUCCAUGAUAAGUAUAUGUGAACACUUUCUUGCAACUUUCUUGUUGGAUGUUGUGAACCGAUGAAGAAAAACACAAAUGCAUUGACAGAAAUUCAUUUUCUUUUUUUUCUAUUUGAGAACCUGUCCAAUCAAAAAAGGUUCUUCAUCACUGAAAUUAUUAGUUUUUCCUGUUUAAACGAUCAUCUAAUGUAAAGUAUACAAAUCCCGUAGCCUAACAAGGUCUAGUGUUUUGUAUCUAUGUUUUUGUUUUUUUUAUGUACAGCUGUAAUGUGGUGAGUUACUGUACUGCACACACAGACCUCAUCAAUUUUGUCUUGUUCAUCAGUGUUUCUAAAGUACCUGAAAUGUGCUAUACCUUUACCUCAGCAGUGUAUAAAGCUUUUGAAAACGAGAAAUUAAAGAACAUGGAAUGAACUUCAAAUGAUUCAGUUGUUUUGUAGAUGUAGAAUGGCGCCACAACGAGGAUAUGAAAAGGUUUCCAAUGUUUGUUUCAAGAUAAAGCACAUGUGUAAUGGGCAACAGGGUUUUAUCUAUAGACUGUGAGACUCGUUUAUUAGAUGUUGAUGUGAAAUAAUAAAAAAAAAAAAAGUUAACUAAUUCA